AUGGUUGUAUCACUGGAUGAAAUUUUAGGUUUUAUUUAUGUAGUAUCAUGGUCGAUAUCGAUGUAUACACCGGUGGUAACCAAUUGGAGACUUAAAUCAUCUAGUGCAAUUUCAUCAGAUUUUGUAAUUUUAAAUACUGUUGGAUAUUUUUAUCUAACUAUUUCAUUAUAUUUACAAUUGCAUUCUUGGAUGUCUCCAGUUAAAAACUAUGAAUUAAAUACUAUUACUGAAGAUGACAUCUCGAGACCUAAAGUGACAGAUUUCGAUUUAAUUUAUACUACUCAUGGAUUGAUAUUAAAUUUGGUGUUAUUAAGCCAAGUACGUUAUCCAAAGUUAUGGAGAUUUAACUCUGAGAAACAUUCCAGAAUGAAACCAAGUUAUAAGAAAUUUUUGAUAUCUUCACUAACUGUAUUUGUUUUAAUUACAAUACAUUUCUAUUACGAUAUUCAAACCUAUGGUUGGAACAACAAUGAUAUUUUAUCGUAUUGUAAUAAAUUAUUCACUUUAAAAUUAUUCAUGUCAUUAAUUAAAUAUAUUCCACAAGUUAAACAUAACUAUGAAAGGAAAACUAUGAAAGGGUUUUCGAUCAAAGGUGUCUUAUUAGAUGCAGUUGGUGGGAUUGCAUCUCUUUUACAGUUAAUAUUAGAAUUAUAUUACGAAGAUGGUUUCACAUUUGUCAUAUUCAUAACCAAUUUUGGUAAAAUUGGACUAGGCUUGGUAACAUUAGUAUUCGAUUUUAUUUUCAUAUCCCAAUGGAGUUUAUACAGAAAGAUAAAAUGA